GUCGGUCGAGGCUCCUUUGGUGUUGUCCAUAAAGCACGAUGGCGAAGCCAAAUUAUCGCUGUGAAAAUUAUUGAAAUCGAUCAAAAUCAAGAAGAAAUUCAAAAGGAGGUUGACCAGUUAUCCCAAUUAGACCAUCCUAAUAUCAUACAAUUAUUUGGCAUUUCGAUAUUGCAAUCUGCUCCUUCGUUGUUGAUGGAAUUCUCUGAUUGUGGCAGUUUGCAAAAAGUAUUGCACAAUCAAAAAGAUUUACAGUAUACUUAUGCCCACGCGAUUGGUUGGAUGCUUCAAUCAGCUAAAGCGGUCGAUUACUUACAUAGUAUGACACCAAAACCAUUGAUGCAUCGUGAUUUGAAACCUCUCAACAUGUUGAUGUUUAAUUGUGCGACCGUCUUGAAAGUUUGCGAUUUUGGUACUGUUUGUACCGCUCAUACGCAAAUGACCGUUAACAAGGGCAGUGCUCCAUGGAUGGCUCCGGAAGUAUUUCAGGGGAGAAAGUACAGCGAGAAGUGUGAUGUUUUCAGUUUUGCUAUAAUCAUGUGGGAGAUUAUGACCCGACGAGAACCAUAUGAUCAUAUGGGUACGGAGAGAAGAUCCUUUACCAUACUAUGGCAAGUCAGCGAAGGUAAAAGACCUCCACUCAUUAAAGGAAUUCCAAAAGUAUUAGAGAAUCUAAUGACAAGGAGUUGGGCUCAAGAUCCGGAUGAACGGCCUUCUUUUAAAGAAAUUGUCCAGAAACUUGAAUAUUUAUAUCAGGUAAAUCAUUUUGUCAAUAUGAUGGUGCUGUAA